CCCAGCCAUGCUGCUUCGUCAGGCGAGCCAGGCGCUGAGGCGCCUGGGCGGGGCCGAGGGCCACUCCCUGAUGUCCAAGUAUAGCAAGGGACUGGCGCCCGAGGACUUCCGCCUGUUCAGCUCUUCGGCUUCGCGGUUUGCCAAUGAGGUCAUCGGCAUCGAUCUCGGCACCACCAACAGCUGCAUAGCGCUCAUGGAGGGAAAGACGGCCAAAGUGAUCGAAAACGCAGAGGGCCAGCGCACCACGCCCUCAGUCGUGGCGUUCACAGACAAGGGGGAGCGGCUGGUGGGCCUGCCCGCCAAGCGCCAGGCCGUCACCAACUCUUCCAACACUGUCUACGCCACCAAGCGCCUGAUCGGGCGCAUGUACGACGACCCAGAGGUGCAGAAGGAGGCCAAGAUGGUGCCCUACAAGAUCGUGCGCGCCGACAACGGCGACGCGUGGGUGGAGGCGGGGGGGCAGCGCUACAGCCCCUCCCAGAUGGGCGCCUUUGUGCUGAUGAAGAUGAAGGAGACGGCUGAGCGGUACCUGGGGCACCCCGUCAGCCAGGCCGUCAUCACCGUGCCUGCAUACUUCAAUGACCAUCAGCGCCAGGCCACCAAGGACGCGGGGCGCAUCGCGGGCCUGGAAGUGCUGCGCAUCAUCAACGAGCCCACGGCGGCGGCGCUGUGCUACGGCAGCGACAAGAAGGAGGGGCUGGUGGCUGUGUACGACCUGGGGGGCGGCACCUUUGACAUCUCCAUCCUGGAGAUCAGCGGCGGCGUGUUCGAGGUCAAGGCCACCAACGGUGACACCUUCCUGGGCGGCGAGGACUUUGACAACACCCUGCUGCAGCACAUGGUGUCGGAGUUCAAGAAGGCGGAGGGCAUCGACCUCACCAAGGACAAGCUGGCGGUGCAGCGGCUGCGCGAGGCGGCGGAGAAGGCCAAGUGCGAGCUGUCCAGCAUGAGCCAGACCGAUGUCAACCUGCCCUUCAUCACCGCCGACGCCUCGGGCGCCAAGCACCUGCAGAUGAACAUCACCCGCUCCAAGUUUGAGCAGCUGGUCAAGUCGCUGCUGGACCGCACGGUGCAGCCGUGCCUGAGCUGCAUGAAGGAUGCGGGGGUGCAGCCCGCCGACAUCCAGGAGGUGCUCAUGGUGGGGGGCAUGUCGCGCAUGCCCAAGGUGCACGAGAUGGUGCGGGACAUCUUCAAGAAGGAGCCCAACAGGUCGAUGAACCCCGAUGAGGUGGUGGCCAUGGGCGCCGCCAUCCAAGGCGGCGUGCUGCGCGGCGACGUGAAGGACAUCCUGCUGCUGGAUGUCACCCCCCUCAGCCUGGGUAUCGAGACGCUGGGCGGCGUGAUGACCAAGCUGAUCACCCGCAACACCACCAUCCCCACCAAGAAGUCCCAGGUCUUCUCCACCGCCGCCGACUCCCAGACGCAGGGGGGCAUCAAGGUGUUCCAGGGUGAGCGAGAAAUGGCUGGGGACAACAACAUGCUGGGCCAGUUCGACCUGGUGGGCAUCCCGCCCGCCCCCCGCGGCGUGCCCCAGAUCGAGGUCACCUUUGACAUCGACGCAAACGGCAUCGUCCACGUCAGCGCCAAGGACAAGUCCACCGGCAAGCAGCAGUCCAUCACCAUCCAGUCCAGCGGCGGCCUCAGCGAGCAGCAGAUUCAGUCCAUGGUGGGCGACGCGGAGCGGUAUGCGGCCAAGGACGCGGAGCGCAAGGCGGCGAUAGAGGCGCGGAACGAGGCCGACUCCAUGAUCUACUCUGCCGAGAGGAGCGUGGCCGAGUACAAGGAGCGGCUGCCUCAGAAUGUGGUGGACUCGAUCAACGCCGCGGUGGCCGAGCUGCGGGGCGUGAUGGAGAGCGAGAAUGCCGAGGAGAUCAAGGCCAAGAGCAAUGAGCUGCAGCAGGCCGUAAUGAAGGUUGGUGUGUCGCUGGCGGGCAGCGGUGGCGGCGAGGGCGGCGAAGGCAGUGGCGGCGGCGAGAACGUCCAGGACGCAGAAGUGAAGGACAAGGAGAAGUAGACAGCUGGGUGGCUGGUUUUCCAGACGGGAGGGUAGGCAGGCGAGUGGUGGCGUCCAGCGCCAGAGGCACAGGCGUACCGUCCCCAGCGUCGCGACGCCACGAGGCGCGCUCAUA